GAUGUUGCCACUCCCUCCAAAAGUAAAAAGAUUAGUUGAUGAGAAUUUCACCAAAUCGUUGACUCACCGGAACUUGAAAUUUUAAUCGGUCUCCGGCGCCGGAGAAAUGAGUUCUGGGAAGAAGCCGAUCAACAUAAGAGAAGCUACUAGAAAGAUCGAAGUUGAUGAUAGAAUUCCUCUCCAGUAUUACUAUAAGAUUGCUGAUAAUAUCCUCAAACAGGCAAACGCUUAUCGGCAGGAGAACAAUAUCAUAGAUCUGUACAUUCUGCUUCUAAGAUAUGCAGGUCUUGUAACAGAAACUAUACCUUUACACCAAGACUACAGUACUACAAAUCAUAGAGAAAAGAUAUCUUACAAAAAGAAAUUAAUGGAUGUACUGCACGAGCUGGAAUGUUUAAGACCAGAAGUUAAACAAGAAAUUAGUAAAGUGAACGUAGAACAUACAUUGAAGGAAUUGUAUCGACAAAACAAUAUUGCAACAUCGUCUAGACAGCCAAUGGCUUCCUCAUGGCCAGACAAUAAUCAGACAGGGCAUUAUUCAACGCUGAGUCUAAAUAUCCGCGUUGUUACCCCUGAAGUUGUCGUACCUUCAGCACCACCACUUGAAAAUUUGGUCAUAGAUGAUGAUGUCCCAUUGCAAUCUGGUUCAACUGAAUCUAGUUUUGCAGAUUCAUCUUCUUCAACAACGGAGAAUUUAUCAAAGAAAACACACAAUGAAGAGAGUUCGAGUGGUGCUUCAUCGUGUAUCAUAUGCUAUGAAGCCCCAAUUGAGGGUGCUUGUGUACCAUGUGGACAUAUGGCUGGAUGUAUGUCUUGUUUGAAUGAGAUUAAAGCUAAAAGCUGGGGAUGCCCUGUCUGUCGCGCGAAAAUCGAGCUUGUUUUACGUUUAUAUGCUGUUUAAAAAAUGAAGAACUAUGCAUCUUGAUGUAAAAAUGUGUUUAGAAUGACCACUUAUUUGCUGUGUUAUGUAAAUUAUAAAGCAAUAACAAAUGUCAGUGUCCAAAUUCUGGAGUAUGGAAUGAUGAUAUUUUUUUUGAGACGAAA